AUGGCAUGGAAUUGUUGCUCCAGUUCUUUCUCUACGAACACCUGUGCUGUAGCAAUUCCCUCUGUCAAUUCCAUCCAUUUUCGAGCUCGAAAUCGUUUCUUUACUCAGGAUGCAUCAUCGCAAUCACUCAGAACCAUCGGAAUUGAACUUGUUCCGUCAAGUUUCAGAGCCAAGUGCAAGGCCACAGAAUCUGAAGUUGAAACCAGACCACUGUCGACGUCUUCUGAAGUUGAAUGUUUAGGCACUGGGCACGACGUAGAAUGCGUGGUUAACUCUCAAGAAGAAUUGUCGAAGAAUCCCAUCAACUUAAACGAGGAAUCAGUAUUAUCUUCAUCGUAUGUGCUGGAAUUUAUGGGGUCAGCAUGGGAAUGGGCACUUUUGAUAUCGCCUUUCUUCUUUUGGGGCACAUCCAUGGUGGCAAUGAAGGAAGUUAUUCCCAAAACGGGACCUUUUUUCGUGUCUGCAUUCCGGUUAAUCCCGGCCGGUUUGUUGUUAGUUGGUUUCGCGGCUUCCCGAGGCCGGAAAUUUCCUUCUGGGCUUAAUGCUUGGCUCUCUAUCUCGGCAUUUGCUCUCAUUGAUGCUUCUUGCUUUCAGGGUUUUCUUGCUGAAGGAUUGGAGAGGACUACGGCUGGUCUUGGUAGUGUUAUAAUUGAUUCACAGCCUCUGACUGUGGCUAUCUUGGCUUCCUUGUUGUUUGGCGAGUCUAUUGAAUUGAUUGGAGCUGCUGGACUCGUGCUUGGCAUCAUUGGCCUUUACCUUCUCGAGGUGCCUGCUCUUGCUUUUGACAAAAAUAACUUUUCACUAUGGGGAAGUGGGGAAUGGUGGAUGCUUCUUGCAGCCCAAAGUAUGGCAAUUGGAACAAUUAUGGUCCGCUGGGUCUCCAAAUACUCAGAUCCUGUUAUGGCUACUGGAUGGCACAUGGUUAUUGGGGGUAUCCCGCUCGUGGCAAUCUCUAUUUUUAAUCAUGAUCCUGCUUUCAGUGGGAGAUUUGCAGAACUGACCACAAAUGAUAUUUUGGCACUCCUUUAUACCUCCAUUUUCGGGAGUGCUAUCAGCUAUGGUGUGUACUUCUACAACGCUACAAGAGGUAGCUUGACACAGCUCAGCUCCCUGACCUUUCUCACUCCAAUGUUUGCUUCAAUUUUUGGAUUCCUUUAUCUCGACGAGACCUUCACUCCUGUGCAAUUGGCCGGAGCAUUCGUAACUGUGGCGGCAAUAUACAUGGUUAAUUACAAAACUGGUGCAGAAUGA